UUCGCCUCCACUCUCAGUAGCCGCGAUCCCAGCGCUGCCUUCAAGACUGCCCGCUGGAAGGUACACGCAAAGCACCAUUCGAUUUGCGCGUACCCGAGUUCCUCACAUCAGGCUAGAGACUUCCCGACCUGCUGCUGAUGCAACGCCAUCUGCGACCCAAGAGGCGGGAACGUCUGCUUCAGCCUCUGAUCCGACGCCGAGCACGGGAAGCCACUCUCGUCUCAUCCCCGACCCCGAUGCACUUCUUGCAGAACUGAAGGCGAAGGCCGAAGAGCAGUGGUACGGCAAAUACGGCAAUGGAGGUGUCGACAUUCAGAAGCAGACUAUGGUGAAGCACUCCCAAAGCAAGAAGCACGAGGCUGCGGAGGAUCGGCAGAAACAGUUGGAUGGUCUAAACGCUGCGCAGCCGAGCAUUGCCGAUUUCAACGACAAUCAGGGAGCCGACGCGCGGCUUAGGCAGUUGAUGAUUGUUGUGCUUUGGAUUUGCAAGUCUGAUGCUUCUAUUGCCAUGUUUGUUUCUCUGGUCCGUCUUCUCUAUGACCUCCGCACUCCCCACAUCCCCGAGAAAUCCCCCGGGUCUUACCAAUCUGAGUACGGCUUCAAGCAAAUCACAGAAGCACUCGUCGUUUACCUUCGAGCACAGCAGAUGAAGCACAUUCAACAGUCGCCGUUCGUGGGCAUCCAGCUCGACGAGAGCACCGAUAGGAGGCGGGGUAAACACAUGAUUGUGUACCUCACCUUUUUGAAGAACGCGAAGGUGGUCGACAUCACCAAGGUGGCCCAGCUAGUAGAGAACACAUGCAGCAUCCUCCGCUCUCGCUACGUAGAGUAUGGCGUCAACUUCGGCGAGGAUUCCAAGCUACUCACCGAGUUUUUGGAGGAGCAUGGCCCGAAGAACAAGCGGAUGGUGACAGUGGAGGGCAUUGACGGCGCUGGCAACCCGACGGCUCACACCUUUAAGCUGCACGAGAAAGCUCUGUCAGGCCAGAAGAGUGAGGGAGACAUGGAGUCAUGCAUCUCCCUUGUCACCCUUUUUGUGCAGGCCAUCAUCCGCAACUUGGAGUCGCGGAUGGAGAGCCUCAACAGUCUCCGUGGGUCGAAACUGUUCUUCCCCGACGCUUACCCCGACUCCGUUGCAAAGCGCGACCGUCUGUGCGCUGAGUGGUUCGGUUCACUGAAGGUCCUUUUCAACGCCGAGCAGUGUGCCUUGCCGGGAGUUGAUUGGGGCAAGGCGGAAAGGGAGCUGCCUCGAUUCACGCGCAUGCUUCACGGUCAUUACAAGGAUACGUCAUUCCACAACUGCUUGAAGAACAUUCUCAGAUCCGAAGACUGGCGCACCUCCUACCCCAACCUCUGCAGCGGCGGCAGGCAACAAAUGUCGUGAUGCCCCCGGCUGAGCCGCCUCUCAGCCAGAAGAGGAAGAAAGACAAGGCGGUCAGCAAGAAGAUGAAGAAGCGUCUUAAGAACGAUGAUGAGGCCGUAGAUGUGCGCGGCACUAUAAAUGUAGAUUGUGAUU